CAUGGCCACGGUCGAAUUCUGUCGUUAGUUUUGAAAGAUCGCCCUCGGUCCCUCGGUUAUUCGGUUGGUGUGUUUGUUAUUCCUCCCGGUUGUGUGUAAUUAAUUAGCCUUUCUUCCUCUAAAUUUUGCGCUUGUUCAUUUUGUCGUUUGAAAAUUCCGUUCAUGGCUCACAGUGCUUCCCGAUCUUCGGAGACAACUCCGAACGAAAUGAUCUAAUCGUUGGAAAUCAGCUGGCUGUGAUUACUCUAGUUGUGUUCCGUGUUUUGGUUAUUAAUUUCAUUUCAUGCUUGAGCUGUCUACAAUAUUCUUGAUCUAAUUUUGUCGCAGUGUUCAAUUUCGUGAAUUCCGUGCUGUACCGCGGGUACAAUUUUGACGGUUCGAAAUUUGUACACACUAAUGUGUCCAGUUGUGUAUUCUGUCUGCUGUUCCUGGUGCAACAUCAAGUGCUGUCUAUUUGCUAUUCAUUUUGUCUGGCAAUAAUGGUGUUUAUCACUUUUAAAAUAAAAAGAAAACCAUUAAUUUUACCAAGCAUCUCAGUGCGCAAUCAUCCCGUCGCUUUCAUCAAGAGCACCCUCAUGUUAAAUUAUUAAAUAUAAGUAAUGUAUUGGUUGGUUAACGAAUGCAAUUGUCUUAUUUUUACAGAUUAGAUCUGUUUUAAUGUUACUGCUUUUAUUUCACAUCACCUCCUAGCUAAAUGUCCUUAGAAUUUUAAACUUUCCAAAUUUGUUAUAAUGUCGGUUCGCGUCAGUGGUGUUUAUCUUUAUCCACAGUCACCUAAUUCAUUAUCGCCCAAUAGUGAGAAAAAUAAUCUUAAUAGCAUUAAUUCGGGUAAUGGAAGCCCAGCCCCUACAAUGAAACCGCCGGCGGUUGCCAUUGUGACUCCUCAAAGAAGUAACAGCUUGGAUUAUCUUAACUUUGAAGAGAAACGCAGGAUUAUUGCUUCGUCACUGUCUCUAACAGAUUUUUUACACCAUCAUCACCACACAGACGGAUCAGCAACUACGCCAGCUUCGCCAAAUUCUUUAGCGAAGAAGCAAAACGGCGCGGCGCUACGGACCAACAGCCUCGGCUCCGGAACUCGGACCCCGCCCCUUCCGCUGGAGAGGAAGCCCGUCAGCAAAUUCUCGGCGCUCGGUAGGCUCUUCAAACCGUGGAAGUGGAAGAGACGCAAAAAAUCGGACAAAUUUGAAGCCGCCUCAAGAUCUCUUGAAAGGAAGAUCUCCGUAAGAGCCAACCGGGACGAGCUUGUACAAAAAGGAAUACUAAUUUUAGAAAGUCCCACAUCACCUAUUCCGGAAUCACACUGUGAAACACCUCUCAGUGGAGCGCUGCCUACCAUCAGUACCUCACUUUCUGCAGGAAAUGGGAACCACCUCUCUAAUAAUGCUACAGAUUUGAAGAAGGACAAGACUGAAAGCAUGCCGGCUGUGAACGGGAGCUGCAUAGUGAGCGAGCAGCCGCCGCCGCCGGCGCCGUCGCUGGACAUGCACAGCAUGCAGAACAUGAGCAUGGGCAGAAUGGAGAGCAUGAACAUGCAGAACAUGCAGCAGAUGUCGAUGACGAUGGCCGGGACGCCGCGCCCGGAGCGCCCCGAGCGCCCCUCCUCCCUGGGGGGCGCCGUCCCGCCCUCGCAAGGGGGCCCCGGCGCCAGCCUCGCCCGCCGCCUCCGCUCUUACCACAACGACCACUACUCCCCCACCUCCAAUCGCCCCCUCCAGCCGCCGAGUCUUCUUCAGACAGUGGUUGAUGGUGGGACUCCGAAUAGACAAGGCUGCUCAACUCCUCCUCCGCCUCCUGUUGCUCCUUCUUUAGUUUUGUCAGAACUGCCGGAGCCGCCAAUUCCAGUCUCGGAAAUUGGACCCAUCCCGCCUCCGCCCAUGUUUAGUUCUCCUUCGCCCAUUCCUCGCAAUACUCAUACUAAUCGUUCAGAUCAGCAUCCUGAUUAUGGUUAUAGUAAUGCCUUCAAAUCAAUUAGAAGGAGAGAAGAAGAUUACAGUGAUGGAGAGGAAGGCGAUGUAAGGUGCGACUAUGAUAGUGAUAUAGACGAUGAUGACUGCUUCUCGCCGCAGCCAGAUCCAUCGAUCGACACAAAUCGAGUGGAGGAAAUCUUGGCGAAGGAGCCCAAAUUCCAUGCAAUGCCCCUCAAGUCCGCUCUUAAGAAACCACCCACUCCUACGCAAGAUCUUCCAUCACACACAGCUGCCAAGAGGGCACCUUUGAGGCCUCGGAUCAGGAUAUGUACUCGUCCUGUAAGGUUAGGAUUGACCCUUCCAUGCACGAUGGAAAAUAAGGAAAAUUCAAGACCGUUUUCAGACUCAGAUAGCAGCAGUGAUGGCGACGGCCCUAUUUUGUAUAGAGAUGAUGAAGAGGGUGGACUAGCCACAAAAAUAGCACGUAAGGAUAGUCUGGCGUUAAAAUUAGCUUUAAGACCUGAUAGACAAGAACUAAUAGAUAGGAAUAUUCUUCAAAUCCAGUCGGAAAAGGAACGACAGGAAAGCAAAGAAGCUGUUGGAGCACGAUUAAUACGGAGAUUAAGUAUGCGACCUACGCAAGAAGAAUUAGAGGAAAGAAAUAUUCUAAAAAAACAAUCUGCUGCCGAAGAGAGAAAACUGAAAGAAGAAAAGAAGCGGGUACUUCUACGGAAACUUAGUUUUAGACCAACUGUUGAGGAACUUAAGGAGAAAAAAAUUAUUCGUUUCAAUGAUUACAUUGAAGUAACACAAGCACAUGAUUACGAUAGGCGAGCUGAUAAGCCUUGGACACGCUUGACACCGAAAGACAAAGCAGCUAUUCGAAAAGAACUGAACGAAUUUAAAAGCACAGAAAUGGAGGUUCAUCAAGAGAGUAGGCAUCUGACAAGGUUUCAUCGACCUUGACGUUGGUGCCUCUCAAAUAUCAGAUCUGUUGCCGCUGCUGGUUAGGAUGUUUAUCGAUUGUUUUAGUUUUUUCAAAUUUUGUUAUUUCAUCGUUACUUUUCCAGCCGUGCAUUUUGCACAGGUCUCCUGUUAAUUUAAAGCUACUUUGCUGGUCUAUGUGUAUCGUUAGAACGUAUUUCUCUCAAAUUGGAACAUCUUACUCAGUAUUUUAAAACAUUCACCACUCCCCCAACCCUUUUUCUCUCUAUCUCAAGUGUUUGUUAAAAUAUUUUUUUUUUCAUCGUUUCGUUUCUCCUUUUUCUCUCCUGCUUUUUUUUUAAACGGUUUGGUAUCUGUAAGUCUGUGCAAACGUUUCUUAGUACUCUUGAUCUCAUAGGGACUAUUCACUAUGUACCUCUUUCACUGAGAGACAAGAAAGCAUCGCAUUAUGUCACAGGCUGACUAAUGUAGUUUGCUGGUUGAUUUAUUAAAUCUCAUAUUUAAUUAUGUGAAUUCCCUCUCGCAAUAAUUUCCCUCUACUGUAAACUAACUGUAACAUCCUACCCUCAAUUUUUUACCAAAAAUGAAAAAAACUCUACGAUUGCUGUGGUUUUAGGUGUAUCCAUCCCUUUUUAUUGCAUGAAUGCCUUUGAAUCUCUGGUCAAGAGAUCUUGAAGUUCUCUUGGAAAUUUUUGUAUCCCUAACGAGGGUAAAUAAUCGUAACUAGAAUUAAGGCCAAAACUGUUGUAUUUCAUUGCAAGAUUUUAGUUCCAAUCUUUCAGGGUCAUUUUAAUUGACCAGAAUGUAUAAUAGUGUCUAACGUUUCCAAAUUUUUUUUUAUCAUCAUAAUUUUUUUAUUUUUCACCCCAGUGUGGCAAGAAUUUUCUCUUAAAGUCAUGUUUUAAUUUGUCAAUUAUAUUAAAAUGUAUGAUUUCAAGUUCCAAAAACUGAGUUAAAAUGCUCUUGCAUCUUUCAUGUGAAAAUGAGAUUGCCAAGUAGUAGUUAAGGGCCAUCCCUAACAUAUGUAAUGCUAUAUUUUGGAUUUUCCGACCCCCCUCUUCCCUCACAAUGCUGUUGAUGAAGGCCUCUAUCCUUUAACAAGUAAAAACGAAAUGACAUAAUGUUCUCCUCCUCCCCCCUCCCCUAUAUUGAGUGUUAUAUACUUAUAAAUGGCCCAUUGGCUUUCUGGUCUAAUUGCGGAAGCUUGAGCUCUUGACCAGUAGAUUUGAUCGAAAGUUUUAUUUUAGGUCCAGGUUUUAGUUUUCACUGUAACAAUAAUUUUAAUGCUCUUUUUCCGGGACGUCUGUGAUAUUUGAAUGAUUGGAAGCACUGUUUUUUGGUACAUGAUAUUAAGUACAGUGUAUAUCUCUUUCUUCCCGUUUUUUGUACAAUUGAUUUGAGAGAUUCUUCAGUGACUAUUUGUGUCAAAAACUCUUCCAUGUUUCAACACAUCAUCACUGUUUCUGUGCACUAGCUUCUCGAUAAUUUUCUAGGUUUUGAAGGAAAGUUGAAAAAAUAAGUGUAUUUAUUUUGUACAUCCUAGCAGUUUUUUUUUUCUCUAAGUAAAUUGGAUGCAUAUAUGCAAAUAGUCUAUCUACAUUGGAAGUUUUGGCAAAAGACAUAAGAUCAGUAGUCUUAACCCAUUGAAAUUGCAAGCCGUGCUCAGUUUAUAACUCGUUAAGGAGCUGGCAAAGCAAGGUAGCCAUUUUCGACUCUUCUGCAGAUAGAUUUUUUUUGCAUAAUGCCUUGAUUAUUUGGAACGUACUUUAUAAAAAAAGAAAAAAAAAAAAAAUUAGAAUGAAAACUUAAUGGGUAUUGUCACUUAGCCCUACGUUCACAGCAGUGCUUUAGCAAUAUCUGUGCCCUUAAUAUCCCUUGAAGGGAUACAUUUUUCUAAAAUUGAGAUAGAGUCCAUUCGAGGUAGACUUCUUUUGUUUAACUGCAACAAUUUCCAAAUCUGCGUCCACUUAAAACAAGAAGAGCAACACUCCAAAGUGGUGCGUCUCUUACUGCUUACAGGUUUGCCUUUGUUAUUUGGUGAAAUUAUAGGUCUUUCCUGUUCGAUUACCUUAUUUUCCAGCUUACUUUUUCUCUAUAUUGCCCCUUUACGUUCUGUAGGCGUAUGAGAAAGAAAUAUUUUUUUUGUAAUUUACAUCUGCUCUUAAGAAAGCACAAAUACUGAAUAGUUCUUUUUCUUCUUCUUAUUUUUGCACAAGAUUGUUGAAAUAAUUGAAUCUUUAGCAAGUUGAAUCUCUAAUGGUAAAAUUUGUUGUCCAAAUUACCAUGAACAAAUCCUAUAAAUUCAUCAAAUGCGAAAACUUUUUAAAUGAUUGUAGAAGACUCAGCUGUAUAAUUUAUCUCCUCUUUUACUCUUGUAACUGAUUGUGCAGGUUGGGUUGGCUUAUUCUACUUAGCGUCGACUUUGGGUCGUCCAACCUCUAAUUUUUUUUUCAAAUAUUUCCUAAUUUUGCCACGUGUAUAAUAUCUGAGUACGAUGCACCAAGCCUGAAAGUAGCACAACAGUGGCUGCAAGGACUGCUGUGUCAUCAGUCUAUUUUUCACCAUCGUCAUUCCUUUUAUUUGUAUGCAACAUCUUUGUUGUUAACUCUCUUAUCAAUUUAUUUGAUUCAUGUAAUUAUUAUUCCCCCCCCCCUUCCAAAAAAACCCCCUCUUGAUUUUGUACAAAGCAGUCAUCACAGAUUCCGUAUACUUAAACCAAGUAGCUCGCUUUUGCCUACAUCUACUCAGCAGUGGUGAUCUCACAAGCUGCCAUGGCUCACACAUGGUAAUCAAUCGUUCUUCAACUCAACACAGCCCAACUGUCCGAUGGAAGGUGAUAAUGAUCAUAAAUUUUGAUCAGGAACAAGAGUAUAUCUUAGAGUCUGUGAAAAUUAACUGUACUUGAAAAAAGAAUCAGGGAAGUGGCACAUUAAAUCUCUAUCUUUGAAGAAGACUUUGAUUAAUGAGGUAGCUGAAGCCAAACCUAGAAAGUCUGCAUUAUAGCAAAAGAGUGGAUGAUGUGUGGCUGUAAUAAACUUUUAAUGUUGUAUAGAGUCAUUGCUGAAUGAGAACUAAACAAAUUUUAAGCAAAAAAUUAUAUUUGAUUCUGUGUCAAAACUUAAUUUUUUCUUUUUCAGUUUCAUGUUAUUCUUCUGUGAUUACUACACAAUGUUCCACACCAAGGAUUUGAACAACUUUCCAAUUAAAGUAACCUUCAUUGAAUGAGUAGAUGAACUCCUUACUUAAAGAUUUUAGCAAAGAAAACCACUUUGGUCACAUCAAAAUAUUGUAUGUGGAUUACUCUUAAUUUUUUGAUUUAUCAUUGUACAAUUUGCUUCACUUGAAGUCCAACUCAGUCCCUGUUGUGUUAUUUUUUACUAGAUCAAAUAUGUGUAGGAACGUGCAGAUUAAGUUGAUUUAAAAUGAAACCUAUCUUACCAAUCAAGUUCGGUUUUUGAUUAUGCUUAAAAUCCUUUACUGUUUCAUCUUGAAACCCCUUUUUAUCUUAGCCUUUUACAUCGCUUGGGUUUUUGAGACCUGGGGCCCACCUUUUUAUCAAUUGUAAAUGUCUGUAAUUCGUGAAAAAAAAAUAUGCUUCCUUGGUUUUUAAGCGUAAUUUAAAACCCAUGUUUUACUUAUUUGCAUUUUUGAGAUCAGUUUGCAACAGAAACCGUAAUGCAGGAAGAAAUAUGUGCGAAUUUAAAUUUGUUGUCCUUGUAAUUUUUUAAGUUGAAUUUUAUUCCCAGCUCCUCCAUUGUAUCCAAUUUUACAGAAUGAAAUUUUCAUCCUCUUUAAUGUGUUCAUAAUAAAUGAACAGUUCACUUUUUCCAUGUCUAUUGUGCCAAUUUACACAAUCUUUGUUUUUGAUGCUCUCAAUUGUUUCAUUCUUCCGAUAAAUUUAAGACUUAGAUUUAGCAUGCCAUUUAAUCAAUGAUUCUUUUCUGUCCCUUUUUCCAAUAUAUUUUAAGCGCUGAGAGCUAUUGAUUAAAAACCUAUUUUCACAUUGUAGCCGCCUUUAGACUGAUUAACCUCAAUAUUUUAAGGUUUCUACAUCUAUUCUCCAAUACUGGAUUAGUCUCAUAUGCAUUGAUCAGAAUACUGCUUUCAUUCUAGCUUGUGUUGCUCAAUCACACCUUAAGAAUAUGCCUAUCCUCUGCUUAAUGUUAGCUCCUAAUUUAAAUGGUUUCUUAAGUUUAUUUCGAAAAGUAUACUUUUGUGCAAAGCAAAAACUAAAGGAGUCUGCUGCAAGUGUUAAGAAUCUCUCAGACAUACCACCUUAUAAAAAGAAAACUUGAGCACAUAAAGUGUUAUAUGUGAGAGUAGCGGACACAAGUUUUGGGGUUUCGAGAAAAUUGCGUUAGAAGUUUUCAAAGCUUGGCCCUUUAUUGCCUCUAGAACUAAAAGGAUCCUGAUUUGGUCCUUAGGUCCUAAAUAAAUAAAUUGUGGAAGUAUGAAAGUUGCCCUGCCGUGGGGUAGUAUUUGUGAGAAACACUGGCAAAUUCUGGAAAUGAAAAGUGCGGUUCUUUCUCAGCAUAAUUCUUUAUAUUCUCUAUUGGAAAAGACGAACAAAUAAGUGAGUGUCCAUAUUUUUUGACUAUUUCUGUUACUUAAUAACCAGAUUUGACAGCAUACCAAGCAAAAAUGACAUUGGAAGCUGGAGGAAAUGUCAGAACAUUUCAUAGAAACUUAACUCUCCCACCAGCUGAGAUUUUUGUAGCAGCAUUUUUUGAUGAGGUGGUUCCAUUCUGACCCUACAUUUACCUAGUCCAUCAAGUAAAAAAUAACUUACUCUGUGUGCCAUGCCCUUUCAGAUCCUUUCAUUUGCCUCAAUACCUAUUAUGUAUCUAAUACCUGUCUUACUUUGAAGUACUCAAAUGUAAAUUUGAUGCAAAUAUGUUCUUGGACAGUGUUUAAUGAGCCAGACCCCAUUGUAUCAGAAUUAUUUCCUGUAAUCGGAACCCAGUGCAAUAAAACUGAUCAGGAGAUCGUGCAAAUUUUUUGGGUGAAAUUUCAUACUUUUGAGGAGUUGUAAAAAAUGAUGUGAAGUUGUCACUUGUCAGUAAAGCUGGGAGCAAUGAAGACUCGAAAUAUGUUGAUCGUCUUUUUUGAUACCUCCUCCACUAAUUACAAAAUACCAUGCUGUGUAUUUUCUUUUUAUUAAUUUAUUUAUUUAUUUUUUUUAGCAACGUAAAUAUUUUCCAUGAUUUUAAUUUUUAUCAAUUUUUGCAAUAAAGGUAAUUUGUAUAUUUUCCUGGAGCAAAAAGUGUUUAAUCACCAAAUUUUGUUUAUUUUUAUGCAUCAAUUACUGUGAUUCAUCCAUUACUCAACAUUUUAUCACAUUUUUAUUUAUUUUUCCAGUCUCUCCCUCCUCUGGUGCCUGUGUGCCAUUUACCCAUGUAGUUUCAACUUAGUUUGAACAGUAUAUUUUGGAAAUAUUGAACAAUUUGCAAUUUUUUUUCCCCCCAGAAUUUGUUGUUUUAUUUUGUCCAUUUACUCAUUGUUGAAUUGCCAUCCUAGUUUGCUUGUACAUUCAAAUAAUAGAUGAGUAUUACUUGUUAAUUUCAAUCAUCAUAGUUUUUAUUAGAUAUUAGUUUUUUGUUCUUUUUUUAAAAUUAAAUUUUCAAGCUCUGUAAAUAUUGAUCAACUUACUACAGAUGGAUACAUUAACAGAAAUAUAUAUUUGUAUGUAAUUUGUUUAUGUAUAUAUGCAUAUACAUUUAUAAACCAAUCCAUUCAUUCAUACAUACCUAUAUUUAUAAGCUAAAAAUUCUGAGUGUACAUUCUUUUACUUAGUCCGAAAGGAAAAUGAAAAAAGUAAAAUCUUUUUUUCUACAAUUAA